AUGCAGCCUUCCAUGGUUUCGUCCAUGCCAUCUGACUCUAGGCUUCUAUCAAGAGGUCCGGCUUGUAAUCUCGAUCUGCUCUCCGAUGCGGCGACGCACCUUGCCUCCGGUGGUGAGGUCAAUAACCUUCAGCACAUGCAACCGACUAUGAUGCAAGGACUCUCGCAACAGCAACCCGAGCUUCCCCCGGCCAAGUCUUACCAGGACUCCAUGUCUUUCGCAAAUCAUAAUCCAAAGCAGGAGCCUGGUGUUAUGAAUGGAGGAUAUUCUACGCAACCCCCGGGCUCCGAAUUUGACCCCUUUUUCAUGGAUGACUACGCGUCAUCGCACGCUUUCCCUCCACUCCUCGACGGGGAACAACCGUUCAGUAUGUGGUCUCGCCCUGGACUCGAAAGCGGACUACAAGGUGGUCCCUCGAAGCCUAAUUCGACAUUUCCUUCGAGGUUUCCAUCGGUGCAGCCGGAGCUUCGAGAUGGUCCAGACGGGAGUGCCAGAGUGCAUGCUGAUACGAUGAAAGCAGCAAACUUGACGAUUUCGGCAAAGGACCAUUCCGUCAUGAAAGCCAAGCUCGAUGAAUUCUCUUCGGUUCUCCCCAGCAACUUCGUGUUCCCUUCGCGCCAUACUUUGCAGAGGUUCUUGGAGGGCUUUUUCACUGGGUUCCAUGACCAUCUACCCUUCAUUCACCUCCCGACCUUUUUGCCUGUGGAAGCUUCCCCUGAAUUGUUGCUGGCCAUUGCUUCGGUAGGUGCCCAGUACCGAUUUGAACGAUCAAGAGGCCAUGCGCUCUGGUAUGCCGCCAAAGCGGUUGCCUUGGAGCAGAUCCGACGCCGAAAUAGCUACGAAGUGCAAGGCCUUCUACCGACUUCGGCGGCAUAUAGCCCCCAUUCCACGAGACCGUCACCGAGCUCUGGGUUUCGACACUCGUAUCCUUCUGUUCAGCGAGACCGCCCGGUCACUCAAGACACCCACCGGGAGCCUUAUUCCCCGAAUACGCCCCAGUCACGCCUCGAGACCAUUCAAGCAAUUCUUCUUCUUUUCGCUAUAGGUCUUUGGGGGGCCAAAGCCAUCCUCCACGAGGCACUGUCCCUGCAGAGCCAACUUGCCCUUCUGGUCAGGGAAGAAGGUCUCCAGGGCGAACCCAACCAAGCGCCCGACUGGGAGAGUUGGGUACGCACCGAGUCAGCGACUCGAACGAAGCUGAUAGCCUACUGCUUCUUCAACCUCUGCAGUGUUGCGUACAAUACGGUCCCCCUACUCCUGACAUCCGAGAUCCAACUCUAUCUGCCCAACGCCACUCGUUUGUGGAGAGCAGGAGAUUCGAUUCAGUGGCAAGAAGCGCGACAAACCUGUCCCAAUACCGAAGUUCCUUUGCCAAUUGCAUUUGCCCGGUUGUUCAACCGUGGGAUCCAAGGCCCGCCUCCACAGCUCACAUCCCUGGGCAACUACGUUCUCAUUCAUGCUAUCCUCCAGCACAUAUUUGUGCUCAAGCAGGCAACUUUUGCAACGUCCCUGGGAAUGCAGAGAGCCCUAAGGGCACAGGAGAAUGAGGAUAUUUGUCAAGCAAUUCGAGUGUGGUUUCACAGUGUUGAGCAGCAACGACACGUAGAGGGGGUCGAUACGUGGGAUCCUGUCGACUCCAAUUCUUCGGCCUUGCACAGGGUGGCGUUCAUCAGGCUGAACACGGACCUGAAUGCUAGUCGCCAUCUCGAAACCCGUGAUUAUAACGCCGCUGGGAGGGCAUAUGCGGAGGCACCUCUGCUUUUGCGUGGUAUGCUGCUCAAUCGUGCAGUGUAUCAGGCUAUUCAGGCGCUUAGCCCCUUGGUUAAGAUGGGCGUCAAUUACGUAGCGAGGACCAAGUCGCCUGAAUGGGGUGUGCAACAUUCAAGUAUCAACAAUGAAUGUGCCGUCCUAAUCUCCAAAUGGCUUCUGACCCUCGCGUCCAUCGGCCCCGCCGAUCCCCCGAUAACAACCGAUGAGAACGGCCUCCUCGAAGGCCUCCGCCGCAUGCUAGACGAGACCGAAUUCGCCGUCCCCGUUGACCCGGCCAUCGGCGGAGGGGCACAGCAAAAUCACAAUCACCAACAGAGGUCGACCGACGGGUCAGCUACCGACCCCACCACCCUUCGCCAGCUCGCCGCGGCUGUAGUCAGGUUAUGGGCGGAGACGUUUAGGGGGACCCAUAUCUUUGAGUUUGUGGACAUGAUGGGUUCGGGGCUGGAAUCGUACGCAUAUCAUAUUGAGAAUCCUAGGGACAGGACGCCGUUGGCGAUGGGAAGGAUGGGCGCCAAUCAUCAGAUGCAGAUGUAG